AUGGCCGCAGUCCCUGCAUUCCGCGUCGCCGCGUCCUUGCGGCCACCAUCUACAGCUGCCGCGCCGUCUACUUUAUCGUCCGCCAAGUCCGCGUCGUUCGGCUGCGCCUCGUCGCUCUGCCCAUGCACUCCCCUAGGAGCUUCCCGCGCCGCCAAGGGAAGGCAUGCCAUCGUGACUCCUCGUGCUGACCUGGAUAGUGAAACGCUCGUGGGGAUCGGCGUGGGACUCGCGGGUAUCGCGGUGGGCAUCGGCAUUCCCGUCUUCUACGAGGUUGCCGUCAAGGGAUCGGAGAAGCGGGAGAACGAUCAGCCGUGUUUCCCCUGCAAAGGCACCGGCGCUCAGUCGUGCCGGUUCUGCCAGGGCACGGGGGUGGUGGUGGUGGAGGUGGGCGGGGGCGAGAGGGAGGAGUCGGAGUGCAUCAACUGCACCGGCAAGGGCGCCAUCACCUGCACCACCUGCCAGGGCGCCGGCGUGCAGCCCAGAUACCUCGACCGCAGGUAUGAAGCGUGGGUCAUCUACAACUUCUUGUCUCUCUGCCUGGCGUGGGUUGGAGGGCCAGGCGCAGUGGCCAUCAGCCUCACAGGACGCGUUCUCAAGCCCUCAACGCUGCUCCUCACGUGCUGGCUUCCACCCAUACCGCUGGAUGGGCACUUCAUCCGCCACUGCAAGCGCGGCUGCCUGCAGUUUGUCUUCAUCAAGCCGCUCCUCGCCGCCCUCUGCCUCGCCCUCUACAGCACUGACCUGUACGAGGAGGGCGUGUUCGCUCUCACCAACGGGUACCCGUACGUGACGUGUGUGUACAUGGUGUCCUACUCCCUGGCCGUGUACGCGCUGCUCUUCUUCUACUUUGGCUGCCACGACCUGCUGCGCUCCUUCAACCCCAUCCCCAAGUUCAUCAUGAUCAAGCUCGUCGUCGUCCUCACCUACUGGCAGGCCAUUGUGGUGUAUGAAGCGGUCCAUCUGGGUUUGGUGCGCUCUUCCAGCGAUGCAGCAGACCUGCAGAGUCUGUUACUGUGCUGUGAGAUGGCGCUUUCUUUCUCCUCUCAUCUCCCACCACACCCCUUCCCCCCCCACCAGAGCAUAGUGGUGUUUGUAGCGGGCCAUCUGGGUCUGGUGCGCUCCGAAGACGAUGCAGCAGACCUGCAGUCUCUCCUGCUGUGCUGUGAGAUGGCCCUCGCUGCAGGGGGCUUUGCAUGGGCCUUCCCUGUCACACCCUUUGCUGCUGCCAGUCUGGGGGGUGGUGGGGGGGGGAUAGUGGAGGAGGUGGGCGGGUUCUUUCAGAGGCUCAGGCACGCGGCGGCUGUGGGGGAUGUGGUGGACGACACUGUUCACCAGGUCUUGCCACUGCUGCUUGCCGCCAUAAAUGCGCCUCCUCUCCUCUCCCUGCCCAACCCCCUCCUUGUCCCCAUCGUACCGUAUUUGAAUUGGAAUAUUUUACCUCAACCCACCCACGCCCACCUGUUCUCCCCGACCUACCAUGACUACGUGCCCUACAGCGAUAAAAGACCAUAUAUUAAAGGGUCUCUUCACUCCCGUCCCCUUCCGCCCCCCCAGUUCUCCCCGACCUACCAUGACUAUGUGCUCUACAGCGAUGGCUCCACACAGGCCAAGCACUUCCGCACUCGCACGUUCGUGCCCAUGGGCAGGGAGAUGGAGGCAUACCGCAAGGACGGCAAAAUCACCUCCAUCCAAUCGCCCGACUACAUCCUCGCUCCCCCUCCUCCGCUCCACCCUUUCACCUGCAAGCCCUGCGUCACCACCACUGCUACCACCACCAGCACCACCAUCACCAUUACCAGCAGCACAGCUGGCAUUGCAGUGACAACUCUGGAAGCACACAGACCAACGGCGGGAGCAGCUACUGCAGCAGCUAUGCGGGUGUUGCUUGUGGGGGGGGGUUGUGUGGCGAGAGCAGCAGGUGCGGGGUUUAUGAACCUGGGGAGGCUGGUGGUGGAUGAGGAGGACCUUAUGGAGGAGGGCGAUGUGAGGCGGGAUCUGGAAGGAGUGGUGCAGCGGUGA